AUGGAUCACUCCACUAAGCUUAAACAUUUUCCUCAGCUUAAGCAAAGCAAAGCAAAGAUUAUAAAAAGCAACACCUUUCGUCUUCUUUAAAGUUCUUGAACAUAAACUCUUGGGACAUAUAACUUCUUCUUAAUUUUCAUUUUUCUCGGGAAAAUCCAAAGUCAAGAUCAAAGGGAGAUUUCGUCUCUAGAGAUCUUUAGAAGAUUUCAGAUUCAAUCAAACAAUGGUUGGUAUCUUUUCCAGACUCUCUGUAGGUAGAAGCAGCCAUCGACGAACUCAAAGUGCAAUCGAUGAUAAGGAAGUAUUGGCUCCAAGUUCUGAUGUUACUGCAUCAACUACCACAGCAGCUACUCAUGGUAUUGAAGUAACAACAGAAUUUAAACCAGUGGAACAUCCGGUCGAGCCUUUGGACAAUGAUCAACCGAUUCAAUGUCCCUUGCCCGAACCAUCCAUUCUUAAUGAUGGAAGAAUCUGGAAGGAGAGAGUCUCUGCGUCUAUGAGGAGAAGAGGUGAUUUGCAGAUUAUGAAAGAUGAGAAUUCUACUGAAUCUGAUGGUUCAGCACCAAAACCACCCCGCCUGCCUAAUCGUUCCAUCUUGCCAUCACUUAGUGCCCCUGAACACAACUUGCUAAAUUUACUAGAAGAAUGAAAUGCGAUUCAGACGGUAGCUUCCAAGAACGGAUGAACAAAAGUUCCUUAUCAAGUUUAUAAGCACUUAUAACAUGCCUCUUCUUCAAUCCACAAGCAUUUUUUAAUAAUAAACCUUGCUUUGGUAAAAUUAAUAACAAUUUUACCAUUAUUGUUGUUUUCACCUCUUUGCCGGGAACCCAAGAAUUGUAAAUAAUCUCUCCCACCGUGAGUUGAACCCAAAUGGCGGAAGUUACAGCUGCAACCCCUUUACCACUAGGUCAACUCAAAGUUGGUUUUUACCAUUAUUGUUCAUGUGGCAUGUUCACAUUCCUCCUCAGAUAUCUUAGUUAAGAACACAUAAAUUACUAGAAAAUUUACAACU